UUGGGCUCGUGGUAAGUUGGCCUGUUCCUCUGAGGCUCCCUUCUCUCAAGGCACCGUUCCUUUUGAGGCCUGAUCCCCUCGAAGCACCCUUCUCUCAAGACACCGUUUCUUCUUGAGGCCUACUCCUCUCGAAGCACCCUUCUUCUCCUCGUAAAAAUUCUUUCCGAUUUUAGAAAAAAAAACUUUUUUUUAUUUUUUUUGAUAAUUUUCGACUGUUGAUUUGAAAUAUUUUAAAAAUAAUUAAACUUCCCAUAACCUAUUUUUACUUGAUUAAAUUUAAAAAGAAAUGCAAGGUAUCAGUAUGAGCAACACAAUGCAAAGAAGACAAUUCUCUGUAUUAGCCUGUGUUUUUCAAUCUAUUUUUGUAGCAUUAUUUGCCAUUUUUGGAGAAUUUCAUAAUCAUGAGGAGGAUAAACACAACCGGGUUCAUGCUAAUUAUCCCAUGUUUCAGGACAUACAUACAAUGGUAAUAAUCGGCUUUGGAUUUCUCCUCUCCUUUCUAAAGAAAUAUGGCCUCUCGGCUUUAUCCAUAAAUUUGUUGCUAUGCUCUUUUGUUAUGCAAUAUGCACUUUUGUUGAGAGGAUUUCUAAGCCCCGAAUUUUUAGAAACUGGACUUUGUACUAUCUCUAUUGAUGAGUUGGUACAAGCAGACCUCUCAUGUGUUACAGUUCUUAUUACAAUGGGUGUUCUUCUAGGCCGACUGACACCCGUUCAAUUCCUUGUCCUAGCCUUUCUAGAAACCUCAAUAACAGUCCUACUCGAGCAUUUGCUUUACAAUGUUCUUUUUAUUAACGAUGCUGGUCGAUCAUUAGUUGUUCAUUGUUUUGGUGCCUACUUUGGCCUAGCUGCAGCCAAAGUUUGUCAUAGACAAAAUACAAUGGUAGUAGAUGAUGAUGAGUCGAGUGGGCAUUCUUCUGAAUUAUUUGCCAUGCUUGGAACUCUGUUUAUUUGGUCAUUCUUCCCCUCCUUCAAUGCCGGCUCAAUUCCUCAUUCUACACCGGAAAUGAGACAUCGUGCUUUCUUAAAUUCCUAUUUGGCAAUGGCUGCUUGUACCACAGCUACUUUUAUGCUUAGCUCCUUAGCUGAUCACUUGGGUCGUUUCAAUAUGGCCCAUAUUCAAAGCUCUUCUUUAGCUGGUGGAAUAGCUAUAGGGGCUUUUGCUAAUGUUAUUCUUUAUCCUCAUCAUGCAAUUGUUGUUGGGGCAGCUGCCGCACUUGUUUCGGUAGUUGGGCAUGUCUUUGUUACGGUGAGAGAGCCAAUAAAGACAAAUAAUUAA